AUGCAGAUUGAUCAAGGCUGCGGCCUCGUGCUGGAAGAGAGCAUCCUGGAGGGGAUCGUCGCCGGCGUCGGAGUCUUCGCCGCCGGAACCGUCGUCACUUCCAGGGAGGGGUUGGGUCGCAGCACGCUCGAGGGCGGCGCGAGCCAGGGCAGCGCGGAGGCGAGUUUCGGCGGCGUCGCGCUCAGCCUGCGCUGCAGCAGCCACGCGGUCAGCCUCAGCCACGCGGGCGAGGGCAGCGGCGUGGCGAGCCUGGGCCGCGCGCUCGCGGAGGCGAGCAGCGUCGGCAUGGGCGCGCUUCUCCUGGGCAGCGAUGGCUGCAGCACCAGAGGCGUCGGUGACGAUGCCGGAGGCUGCGCUCGAGGGCUGCGGAGCGUGCGGCUGGGGAGCAGGGGGUGGAGGAUCGCCGGGCAUGAUUGGUGCUGCAGAGGAUGCGCACGCGAAUUUGCGGCGGCGAGCAGGAGCGGAAGGGAACCCUAG